AUAUUGUUAGUUUCCUGUAACUGUAUCCCUUCUAGCUACAACCACCAGUAUAACAUAUAAUUAGUGUAUUUGCAUGCCUGUAAGGCUAGGUUUAGGCUUGUGGCAGGUGUAGACGUCAUUAACCAUAGCUUUACAGGUAGAAUUUUUUUGAUGUCGAAUUGUACAACCCACUGUUUUAAUGGGAGGUAGCACAAUUUGACAGAACACCGGCUCAACGCCACGCUCUGUCCCAGUCUGAUAAUUUUUUGACACGCCAAUAAAACACUCAAACGUUUGAUAAGGAGAGAGUGGGAGUGGGAUCGUUAUUUACACUAGGAAGUCACGCUGUCUCUGUUCCCCUCACUCCGGUGGCGCGCGCGAGCGAGCCUGCGCGUGUGUUCAGAUAGUUUCUUGCGCGAGUUUAGACAACAGUCAAGCGCGCGACCACACAGAAACACUACGAGCUGACGGACACAUGCAGGAGCAGCAUGGGAAGAUCACACCUGUCUGUCAGGAGGAGAAUACGAAGGUAUAAAGUCCUCCUGUUGUGUUUAUUGGGGAUUUGUGUCAUUUCCUUCCUUCAUUACUACAAAGCCCUGCACAAUAUUUCGCUGCUACAGGAGCUGUUGUCUCCCUCCACUCUGAAGAUGUUCAGUGAUAUCUUCUGGAAUUUUCUGGCUGCUGAUUUCGACUCACAGCAAGACCUUCAUAAAGACAGCCACUGGAAGGGCAUUGUUGACUUAAGUGUGAUCCUGCCAGAUCCUCCAGAUGGGAAACUUCAUGAGCGUACCUUUGUACUUCAUGAUGAUCUCACACCCUUUUUCAUCCACACUAAAUCCGGAGCAGUGUGCUUCCGAGAGGGGACGAAUGUGGCCGCCUUCACAUCUCACCGCAGGUUACAGCAGCAUUACAGCGAAAUCAACCCCAAACACAAAACAAUCAAUGCCGACAAGAUGGUGGUCCAGUGUCCCUGCCGGCAGGGUUGGCACGGCCCUCACUGUGGCAUCCCUACCAUUGUGUAUCAUUCCAAUCUCCCAUCCAAGUCAAAAGUAGCACCUAGAAAAGUUCCACGUCGGGUCAUCAAUGCCAUCAACAUCAACCACGAGUUUGACCUAUUACACGCUCGAUUCCACGAACUUGGGGAUGUUGUGGAUGUGUUUGUGGUCUGUGAAUCCAAUUUCACCGCGUAUGGUGACUCAAAACCUCUUGUCUUCCGCCAGCAGAUCCUAAAUGGAAUGUUUGACUAUAUAAAGCACAAAAUCUUAUACAUCUUCCUGGACCAUUUUCCUGAUGGCGGCCAUGCGGAUGGCUGGAUUGCGGAUGAUUACCUUCGCACUUAUUUGACCAAAAACGGAAUGUCGAGGCUUGAGGGCCUCAAAGAGGAUGAUGUUUUCAUCAUCGAUGAUGCGGAUGAAAUUCCUGCUCGAAAUGGAAUCCUUUUCCUCAAACUCUACGAUGGCUGGACGGAACCGGUCGGGAUCCACAUGCGCAAAUCCCUGUACGGAUUCUACUGGAGGCAGUUUGGAACACUAAACAUUUUAUCUGCUUGCACGACAGCUAUGCUUUUUAAGGUUUACAACGGUGAUGGGAUUCUUCUUCGACGGCGCUCGUAUUAUUCCAUGUCGGGAUUCCGGGAAUAUGAGAACUCCACGGGACGCAUUCUAGUACCAUGGGCCAUCGGAAGCCCCGUUCACUACGCUGGAUGGCACUGUUCUUGGUGUUUUAAACCAGACGGAAUUUAUUACAAACUCAUAUCGGCCCAAAAUGGAGACUUCCCGCGUUGGGGCGAUUACAGCGAGAAACGGAAGAUGAGUUAUAUUAUAGAGUUAAUACGGACAGGGGGUUGGUUUGAUGGGUCUAUAACAGACUAUCCACCUUCAGACCCCAGGGAGCAUAUGUUUUCUCCCAAAUACCUGCUGGACAACUAUGAAAAAUAUCGCUACUUGCUGGAGAACCCAUACACAAAAGAGAAACAUUAAGAGAAAUGGGUCUGUUUCAAGUGGGCAGCUUAAAGGUGCACUAAGCGAUUUUUUUCUCAACAGUGUUGAUAUUCUAAACAGAAAUGCCCAACAGGACCACACCCAUAUUUUUAUAACUCCGCCCCACACAACACUGGCACCAACGACGGCGGUAUCUGUGAGAUACUGGUCCUCACUGCAGAACACAAGUCAGGGGGCAUCCCACCUGACAUAUACCUGAACCUACCCGUCUCCACCCCUAAACC